AUGAGUGUAGCGCCACCGAGUAUUCAAAGGGGACCAAUUGAGAAGGAGGUUUACUACCAUGGAUUCUUGCCAAGAGAAGAUGUGAAGACAGUGUUGAAGAGCAACGGAGAAUUCCUCAUUCGUAUUUCGGAACCACGGAAAGGAGAGCAAAGAUCAUUCAUUCUCAGUGUGAUGCAUAAUAAUCCACCGAGUCCUGAUGAGGAAACAUGGAUCAAACAUUUCGUCAUCAAGUAUGGUGAGAACAAGUACUUCAUUGAAAAGAACGCUUUCAUGUCGGUUCAAGAAUUGGUUGAUCAUCAUUUAAAAACGAGAGAUUCAGUGAAGGACGAGGUCUAUCUUCUGAAGGCCUUGCCACGUCAAUCAUGGGAGUUGGACCACGAAAACAUUGAGAUUCUACGAAAGUUGGGAGAAGGAGCGUUUGGAGAAGUGAGCAUGGGAAAGCUGAAGUUUCGGAAAGGAGGGAAAUCUGUGAACGUUGCUAUCAAACAAGCGAAACUAUCGAAUUUAACGAAGGAUCAAAUCAAGGAAUUCAUGGGAGAAGCAAGAGUUAUGAGACAGUUCGGACAUCCACAUGUCGUUCGUUUCUACGGAGUUGCUGCAACAACUGAACCACUUUACAUGGUGAUGGAAUUGGCAACAAAUGGAGCACUCGAUAGUUACUUGAAGAAGAAUCCAGAUUUGACGAUCGAAAAGAAGAAUGAGAUGAUUCUUCAGGCAGCAUGGGGACUCGAAUACUUGCACAGUAAACCUGUCAUGCACAGAGACAUUGCUGCGAGAAACUGCUUGUAUGGAGAUGGACGUGUCAAAAUUUCUGAUUUCGGACUUACUCGUAGUGGACACAGUUAUCAGGCUGAUCCCAACAAGAAAGCUCCGAUCCGUUGGUUGGCAGUUGAAGUCAUCCGACAGCGUCUUUUCUCUCUGAAGACUGAUGUAUGGGCGUACGCUGUGAUGAGUUGGGAGAUCUAUAACAAUGGAGUAGAGCCUUAUCCCGGGAUGAUGGUUGCUGAAGUUGCGCAGAAAGUUUUGACUGGAUACCGAAUGGAAUUGCCAGCUGACCUGAAUCCAGAGAUUAGAGCUCUCAUCGGAAGAUGCUGGGCUGACAGUGCUGAUGAGCGUCCGUCGAUGGCUGAGGUUGCUACGGAGCUUCAAAGAUGCACUGGAAUCAUCAGACCGGAUUUCGUGGCGUUGGAGAAGGAGAUCAAGAAAGAGUUGAUGCUGAUGAACAAUCUCACUAAUAAAUCUCAUGUUCGUAAAGAUAAGAAGACGAAGAGCAAGCCACAGAUGCCGAAAGGAAUGUAG